GAAAAUCAGUAGGACGUUUCACUGACUGCGGAGGAAUACCUUGUGCCGUAACAGCGGUGGUUCGUCCUGCCUGUCACCUCUAGCCCAGCCAGAGUCAUCCUUGAUCAGUGGUAGCCGUUCAGUUCCUUACGCUUGUAGCAGUAGCCGACUAACUUUUGCGGUUCACACAGACAUGGCUGACCAACUAACAGAAGAGCAGAUCGCAGAGUUCAAGGAGGCCUUCUCCCUGUUUGAUAAGGACGGAGAUGGGACCAUCACCACUAAGGAGCUGGGCACCGUGAUGAGGUCACUAGGUCAAAACCCAACUGAGGCCGAACUCCAGGACAUGAUCAAUGAGGUUGAUGCAGAUGGCAAUGGGACUAUUGACUUCCCCGAGUUCCUGACGAUGAUGGCCAGGAAGAUGAAGGACACUGAUAGCGAGGAGGAAAUCAGGGAGGCAUUCAGGGUCUUUGAUAAGGACGGCAAUGGUUACAUUAGUGCAGCUGAGCUGCGUCAUGUGAUGACCAACCUGGGAGAGAAGCUGACAGACGAGGAAGUAGAUGAGAUGAUCAGAGAAGCCGACAUUGAUGGAGAUGGACAGGUCAACUAUGAAGAAUUUGUUCAGAUGAUGACCGCCAAAUGAACUGGGCUGAUGUUAAAGACAAAGAAUCAGUCAAAAGUUUCACUUACCUCUUAUUGCAAAAAUCUACAUUUAUUCAUACUGUUCUGUAUAGACAACUUAAACCGAAUGUUGGAAAACCUGAAAAUCUGUCCAUAUAAACAAGCUCUAAAAAUGUAAAAGAAAAAACAAAGUUAAUUUGCAUGUACUGGCUUGUAUUCCCUGUCCCCCCCCAGCGCUGAGCUGCCCAAUCAGAUGUCGACUUGUUAGCCAAGCAGCCUCCCUGCAGCCGGCUGUUUUGGCCACUGCUCCUCUGCUUCCUGGUUCCAUCUGCCUGAUGUCAUGAUGAUUAUUUGGGCUGACCACUUGCCUUUCUGCUAUGACGUCCUGUUUCUUUUCUGUUCUUCGUGCAUGCAGCUUUAGAUGGGUUACUGUGGAUAGCCCAGUGGCAGAAUGCUGUUGCUAUGUUGGCCUGGGAGGGGUUAGAUGGGAAUGGUGGGGAAUGAGUGAACCACUGAAACCUUUGCAGUUUGCUUACCUAAAAGAAGUCUAUGGCUGCAGAGAUUUUUAAGGAAACUAUUAAAAUGGAAUAACUUGUUUUAGAUUGUGUGUUUGUGGCAUGUCUGGAUACUCACUACAUCCUUUGUGUUUACCUUUUUUGAGGGUGGGGUGUGGGAGGGGCAUAGAUUUGAGCCCCUUGGGUGCUGGGUGUGUCCUAGACUGUUGGAAGAGUUGGGUGGGCUUUAAAGAUGAUGCUACACGAGCAGUUUGUGGGGCAAUAACAAUACUGUAUCAGUUUUUGCAGAGUUGGAGGUUUCCAGGUCAUUUGAGAACACCUGUGAUUAUCCCUAGCUGGAGCCUGCUCAGCUACAGGAUAUUGCCUCACAUGCUGCAUGUGUAUCAUGAUUCUAAGGGGUCUUAAUUUCAGUUUAGAGAGGACAGGGUCAGUGCUUUGUGGCAUUUGUCUGUGGUUGUGUGCAUGUGUGAGCGCGUGUGUGGGUGCGGCGAGGCCUGGCCCAGUCCAGUUCUGUUUAGUUCAGUUGAUCUGCAUUCCAAGUUGUACAUGCUAGUCUUUACAUUUUGUUUUUCCAAUAAAAUACCAUGACCAAACAAACACCUUG